CAUUCACAAUGUGCACCAUGUACACGUGUACCUCACAGAGGUAAGAGGUUGAUCUGUUCCGAAUUUCAUAAUUAAAUUACUGACGGCCAAACCUCCGAGACAGGACUAACACUGCUCUACUACUAAGUGAAAGGAAGAAUGGGAAAACUGGUUCUCUUUGCUCUGGUCUUAGGGCUUCAAGCAUGUAUGGCUAUGUCGGCCCCCCUGGAUGAAGAUGACUCGUCAGAGGAGUCCGGUUUUUUGUGGUCCACAGUGAGCAAAGCACAGGCAGCUGGAGAAAUGCUGAAGGGCUAUGCGGAGAUGUACUACGAGGACCACAUUAAACCCAGUGCUGAUCCUUACAUCCAGUGGGCCAACGAACAGGUCUCCAGCGCAGCGUCCGGCAUCUGGGACAACCUCAGUCAACGCUGGAGCCAGUACUGGUCCUCAUAGUGGCGUUCAACCCAAGACAGCAGACCUUUCAGACCAUUCGUAAUGAUGAAGAAUCAGAGGCACAACAGCGCCACCUCACUUCAGCGUGGCUGAUUUGUGUACUGCGUCGCAAUCAGUACCGGGCCAUUCUCGGUACAGAAGAACUACACAGAAGUUCAUAUACGAAGUUUAAGCUGAGAUUCCACAGACCACAAGACAGCAAGGAAACCACUAGAGUUUGACCUUCCACUCCAUCACUAUAUUUUGUCAGAAAGAAUAUCCCUCAUCAUCCAUUUUGGUGCAAAACAGCCGAUCACUGUGUUCUUAGAUACACACCCAUACGCUAUUAUAUUUCCUCCAGUAGUAAGUCUAUAUAAAGGGCAUAUAGAUUUACAAAAAAUCGCUUGACAAAAGAUGAAUAUAUGGGUCAGAUGAAAAAGGUCAAAUAGGUCAAUAUCAAUAGGUCACUGCUGAUGUUGUAAUCCACUGCAUGAAUUAAACUGGGCACCCUACUCCA